UUAGAAAUUUGCUUUUUAUUUGCCACAACAUCUCAUCAAUGGUUUUAUACGAAAAUUUCAAUACAACCAAUCAAACGUCACCACAUUUUGAGCGUCACGAGCAUUUUGCUAUGGAUGUAGCCAAACGAGUAUGCAAUACGCUUGUUACACUGCCGCAGGCUGAGAGAUGUGCCUACAUUGAAAACUCCGCCUCGUGCAAAUUGAAUGUUCAUUUUAUUAAUUACGCGCAUAUCAUUUUCUGUGAAUUAGAAGUAUCCACAACGAUGGGAGCAGUAUUUUCAUCACUCGUUCUACUCAUAAUCAUUGGCGUUUUCUUUACUAUAUUGGGCGUUACAGCAGAUGUGUUCUUUUGCCCCGCUUUGGCUGUGAUGGCGCGCAUGUUGAAAAUGAGUGAGAAUGUUGCUGGCGUCACGUUGGUCGCUUUUGGCAAUGGCGCUCCAGACAUAUUCAGCAGCUUGUCUUAUCUCAGCACCGAUACUCGUCGUUUGUAUGCGGAUAUUUUUGCCUCGGCGCUUUUUGUGGUCCUCAUCGUGGCUGGUAUAGUCUUUUUCACAGUUCCAUUUGCCGCUCAGCCAUAUCUACUCUUACGCGAUGCACUCUUCCUUCUGCUGGACGUAUGCGUCAUUGAUUAUGUAAUCAAGAAGGAUAGUGCAAUUUCGGUGAUCGAUAGUGCCAUCACCCUAUUCAUUUACUUCUGUUACUUGUUUGUGGUUCUAUUCGAUCAGUAUCUGGUAAGGCGCGCCACCAAAAUUCUACAGGCUAGGCAUAAUACUCGUCGUCAACUUUCCAUUAUUGAACUAAUUCGGCUAAAUGACUUGCGAACACAGGGUUCGAUUGGGCGGCGACAGAUAUUGUUUGUAGAUCGUCGUAUGCAAAGCAGCUUAAACUCAUUAAACUUGCAAAACAAAUCACUCUUUGGCCAAUUUUUUUACAGCAUUAAUCCAUAUAAUAAAAGCGAAUGGGAGAUGGCCAAUUGGCUGAUGAAAGCCGUCAUCUUAUUACGGAUGCCGAUACUAUUUGUACUCACGAUUCUAAUUCCAAUCAACGAUCAUGAAGAAGACAAUCAUGGCUGGUCUCGCCUGUUGAAUUGUGCACAGUUCAUACUUUUGCCAACAUUCAUUUGUUAUGCCACAUGGAGCAAAGAGUCCCUGCUUGGAAUGCCCGUCUUCGUAUGGGUCGGACUCGCUGCGUUACCCAUCGCUAUUCUAAUGUUUUUAGGGUCUGAUAUACAUCGAGUACCAUUUUUCCAUCAGUAUCUCUCAAUUUUGACUGUCAUUGGCUCGACAUUCGUCGUUCGCGUUUGCUGCAAGGAAAUUUUUAAUGCUCUCUCUGUACUCAGUAUUUUCACUGGCUUCAGUUCUUCCUUUUUUGGCGCCACUCUCUUGGCCUGGGCGAACUGCAUUGGCGAUUUGUUUUCCAAUCACUAUUUAGCUCGCAAAGGUUACCAAAAUAUGGCGCUAGCCGCAUGUUUCGGUGGACCGUUAUUUAACUCUUUGCUUGCGGUUGGAUCAACGAUAUUAUACAAAAGUUUAAGAGAUGAUGACUUUAUAAUUGAGGAGUUCGGUUUAGGUAUAAUGGGUGAGAAUAGCACCAUCUUUCUUAUUAUCAGUUUGGUUAUCAUACUGUUGGCCGCCCUCACCACAGAUUUCUUCUUUCGUCCCAGUCAUGGCGUUUAUGUUAUUAUGAUGUAUUUGAUAUUUUUCUCCUAUAAUAUUCUUGGGGAAUUAGAUAUCGUACACCCGUAUGGCACCGAUCACAGAAUGGAUCGGCGUAUCGAAUCGGAACUUUGAUAAGUGUAAACAUCAAAUGAUUUAACAGGAAUUUGAAAUAAAAUAAUA